AAGGAGACGAACUAGAUGUCCAAAUGAUCGAGUACGAAUUUUCUACGCAGAUGGAAUUUCAAAGAGUGCGGGUACUUUUUCUGUGAACCCCCACUACCGUAUUUUAGUGCCAUCGUACCUGAAUAUCUCCUCCCGUUCCUCCGCUGUAAAGCACUCAGCGAGCGCACGCUCAGUUUCUCACCACUUUUGCUUCCCACCAAACGCGCCGUAUCCUCCUGGGGUCUUCACCUUCUCCCGUGGCUUUGAUCUCUCUUCCUUCUCACACGAGUUCGAUCUUCAUGCUCAGGUUCCAUAGCUCUAUAGGUGCGCCAAAACAAUAGUACUAUCAAGACUUUGAAGACCCUCUGAGAAAUCUCCAAUGUUCUGGCAUUAUGCAACUGUUCAUGAAGCUAUCUUCUAGCACAUAGACUUAAAACAGAGUCCUCAGAUUGUUGAACUUGGAUUCUUACUACAUCAACCACACUGCAAUGGCAUUCUCGAUUUUACUAGUUACCCUCACACUGUUGGCUCUCGUGUCACUCGCCGUGGCGGCUGGUAACAGCUCUACUGCCUCCACACCGAUCCUCCUUAAUUGCGGAGCAUCAAACCGAAACAAUGACGAGAGUGGCCGUACUUGGGAUGGGGACAGUGCCUCCAACUCCGCGCCAUCAGUGAAAGGAGUUGCCCUCACUGCUUCAAAGCAACACUCUUCACUCCCCUCCAUCGUGCCUUUUAUGACUGCCCGCAUCUUCACUUCAAAUUACACAUAUUCCAUCCCUGUCAGCCCAGGCCGCAUGUUCCUACGCCUCUACUUCUAUCCGGUUGCUUAUGAAAACUAUACCGUCCCCAAUGCCUACUUCAGUGUCUCCACGACAGAUCUUGUCCUCUUAAAUGAGUUCAAUGCUUCGCAAACAGCUCAGGCCAUCAGCUCUGCCUACCUUGUCCGUGAAUUCUCGGUGAAUGUUUCUACACGCAGUCUAAACCUAACCUUUGCCCCAUCAGCACAUCAGAAUGGUUAUUAUGCAUUUGUGAAUGGCAUUGAGAUUGUGCCCACGCCUGACAUCUUCACAGCACCUGACACACGGCUUGUCACUGGUGGUAGCCCAGAUCCCUUCACAUUCGACCCUAGCACAGGCGUCCAGACUAUGUACAGGCUCAAUGUCGGCGGCAAUGCCAUUUCCCGGAAAGAUGAUUCGGGUUUCGACCGCUCAUGGGACAAUGAUUCCCCAUACAUCUUUGGUGGCUCUGGGGUGGUCUUCUCCAGGGACCCUAAUUUGACCAUCAGUUAUACAUCCCAAGUGCCAAAUUAUACCGCCCCAGUUAAUGUCUAUGGUACAGCUCGGUCGAUGGGGCCUACUGCACAGCUCAACCUGAACUACAACCUUACAUGGAUUUUACCAGUUGAUGCAGGGUUCUCUUACCUCCUCAGGUUCCAUUUCUGUGAAAUCCAGUACCCUAUUACCAAGGUGAAUCAGAGGUCAUUCUUCAUCUACAUCAACAACCAGACAGCGCAGCAGCAAAUGGAUGUCAUCGUCUGGAGCGGAGGAAUCGGCAGGACAGCAUUCACAGACUAUGUUAUCAUCAUUGCUGGUUCCGGUCAGGUGGACAUGUGGAUUGCCCUGCACCCUGAUCUUUCAAGUAAACCAGAGUACUUUGAUGCAAUACUGAAUGGUCUUGAGGUCUUCAAGCUACAUGCCCUACAGGGUUCUGGACUGAAAAAUCUUGCUGGGCUCAAUCCUCCACUUCCGCAAAAGCCUGAUGAUGUCAAUCCUACCGAGGCGCCUGGUGGAGGAAAAUCAAAGGGGGCCCUCAUAGGUGGAGCUGUUGGUGGUGGUUUCACAGUGCUGUUGAUUGCAUGUUUUGGCGUUUGCAUCAUCUGCAGACGAAAAAAGAAGAUACCAAAGGAUUCUGGUAAAGCUGAAGAUGGUCAGUGGACACCUCUCACUGAUUACAGCAGAUCACGGUCAACCGUAUCCGGAACUACAGCAACCACAUCGACACUGCCUUCCAAUCUUUGUCGCCACUUCUCAUUUUCUGAAGUUCAGACUGCCAGCAAUAAUUUUGAUCAAGCCUUCCUACUUGGCAAAGGUGGGUUUGGGAAUGUGUAUCUAGGAGAGAUAGAUAGUGGCACCAAGGUGGCAAUCAAGCGUUGCAACCCAAUGUCUGAGCAGGGUGUUCAUGAGUUCCAGACAGAGAUUGAGAUGUUGUCGAAGCUCCGCCACCGCCACCUCGUGUCACUGAUCGGUUACUGCGAGGAUAGGAGUGAGAUGAUUCUGGUGUAUGACUAUAUGGCCCAUGGAACUCUGCGGGAGCACCUGUACAACACCAACAACCCACCACUCUCAUGGAAGCAGCGCCUUGAGAUCUGCAUUGGUGCUGCCCGUGGACUGUACUACCUGCACACGGGCGUAAAGGAAACCAUCAUCCACCGUGACGUCAAGACGACCAACAUUUUACUGGAUCAUAAGUGGGUUGCUAAGGUUUCUGACUUUGGGCUGUCCAAGACAGGUCCAAACGUGGACAACACCCAUGUGAGCACGGUUGUGAAGGGCAGCUUCGGAUACCUUGACCCUGAGUACUUCCGCAGGCAGCAGCUGUCCGAGAAAUCUGAUGUCUACUCCUUCGGAGUUGUGCUGUUUGAGGUUCUGUGCGCACGCCCUGCCUUGAGCCCCUCACUUCCGAAAGAGCAAGUGAGCCUUGCCGAUUGGGCAUUGCGCUGCCAGAAGAAAGGCACACUCGGUCAGAUCAUAGACCCAUGCCUCCAAGGGAAAAUUGCUCCCCAGUGCUUCAUAAAAUUCGCAGAGACUGCCCAGAAAUGUGUGGCUGACCACAGCAUUGACAGGCCAUCUAUGGGUGACGUCCUCUGGAACCUUGAGUUUGCACUCCAGUUGCAGGAGAGUGAUGGAGACAUUAGCAGCAGCCUCACAGAGGGGACAUUGUCAUCAGGUGCAUCGCCUCUUGUCAUGACCAGACUGCAGUCAGAUGAACCGUCGACGGACUCAACUACUACCACAACGACGACAAUGAGCAUCACAGGACGGAGCAUCACGAGUGUGGAGUCGGAUGGGCUGACUCCAAGCACUGUUUUCUCACAAAUCAUGCAUCCAGAUGGCAGGUGAAAUCACAAGCCUGGAUUGCAGUCCUUCUAUGAUGUAUCCCAGUCCGUAUUCAUUGUAUAAUUGCAAAAUAGAGUGCAUAUAGUAUAUACACCCUAAUUGAUGUACCUAUAUAUAUUGUACCACACUAUGAGAUGAAUAUGGCGUUCAGUUCACUCUA